CGGUUCUCCCCUUCCUUCCGUAGGACUACAAAACCCCCAGCUGCUUCUCCGCCUCCUGCCUAUUCUCUCGCAUUCCCCACAUCGCCAAUCCCGGACGCCCCGCACUGUUCCUCCCGCUCCCUGUGACGGAUCCGCGAUAUGACCGAAUACGACUACUCCCCCGACGCCUACGAGAAGUACCUCGCCAGGCAGCAGCGCAUCGCCGACUGGGUCGACUCCACCAACUCCCAAGCGCACCGAUACAAGAACCCCUUCGUGCACGCGCCGUCGUCCAUCGCGCCGUCUACCUCGUCGGAUUCGUCGCAUUUUUCCCGCCGCCCCUCCUCGCGGCACGACCGAGACCUGCGGAGGUCCAAGACGCUGAGCCCGACCCGCUCCGCAACGCGGGCGCUCUCGCCGUCCAGCCCCCGUUCUUCCCAUUCGCACGCCUCCCCUACAUCGUCACAUCAAUCCCAUGCGGGCUACGUAUACAGUCCCCCGGCGACAUACACGUAUCCGGCGGCAAGCCAUGCCACCGCCCAACACGUGGUCUACUCUCCGCAGGCGCAGUUCGCGUACUCGUCGUCGCCGCCUGGACAAUACUACACGACCUUCCAACCGUCGAGCUCUCAUGCACCCCCCGGCUCCACGUCCUACUCGUCCACCAACCCGAAUGUGCGAUAUGUUACCUACGAUGCCUCCGCGCGGCGCGUGGAGAUCCCGGCACCCCGACCAGGACAAACCUAUAUCGUGUAUCCUCCCCCCGGCGGUCGCGUUGAAGUCAUGUCGAGCUCUUCGCGGACGUCCUCGUCGCCAACCUCUCCCAUCUCGCCCACUUCCUCGUCAAGGUUGACAAAGAAGAAGGAUCAACCCAUCAUCGGUUUCUUCAAGAACCGUAUAUCGCGCGACCCAUCCAAGGGUCGUCGCACGUAAUCGCCGUGAUGAGCGCCCACGUUCGCACAUCGCCGACAGCGUCGACGGUGUCGAUCAUUUUUUGAUGGGCAGGCAGGACACGACCUUUGUCAUUCCUUUCACUUGCUCCAGGUUGCUCCGUGUCUGGCCUUCGCCGCCUUUCGGAGAGCAGAUGGAUAUCCCGUCACGAAUACCUUGCAUAUAAUGAAGAUACC